AUGUCAUUCCAGAGGUUCUCCCGUCCGAAAUACGACAUGCUAUCAUGUCGGAUUGAAAAAGUCUUGGAUGAAGGACAGACAUGCGAGCAAGCAGGGUUUCGAAAAGGAUUCAGCACGAUUGACCACAUCCACACUGUUUCGAAACUCGUCGAGGUACCACGAAAGUACAAGCCGCUCUGUCUCACCUUCAUCGACUUGAAGAAGGCCUUCGACCAAGUUGAGACGGAAGCGGUCUUGGACAACCAAGGCGUCCCUACUCAGUACAUAAAGGUACUUCGAGAGUUGUACACUAACUUCACGACCGGAAUUGCGCCAUUCUACAACAAUAUCAUCAUUGACGUGAAGAGGGGGGUCCGACAGGGUGACACAAUCUCACCCAAAAUAUUCACAGACAUCUUCGAGAACGCAAUGGGAAAGUUGGAAUGGGACGAAAUGGGAGUGAAGGUUGAUGGUCGGCAGCUACACCAUUUGCGCUUUGCUGAUGAUAUCGUACUGAUAACACCUAGCAUCAGCCAACCGGAACGAAUGCUGACCGAAUUCGACGAAACAUGUGGAUGCAUCGGUCUUCAGCCGAAUCUACAAAAGACGAUGUUCAUGCGGAAUGGAUGCGUCUCGGAUGCCCCAUUCACGCUCAAAGGAACGAACAUAUCCGAAUGCACCAGCUACGUUCAUCUGAGUCGGGAACUGAACAUGAUGAACGACCUGACCCCCGAGCUGGGCAGGAGGAGACGAGCAGCUUGGAGAGCGUAUAAGAGCAUCGAGGAUGUAGUGAAGAAGACCAGGAACACCCGGCUCCGUGCUCACCUCUUCAACACCACCGUACUUCCUGCUUUGACCUAUGCUUCGGAAACCUGGGCAUUUCGCAAGCAGGAAGAAAACGCGGUGAACGUCAUUGAACGCGCAAUUGAGAGAGUGAUGCUAGGAGUAUCCCGUUUCACGCAAGUGAGGGACGGUAUUCGAAGAAGACCGCCGACUCGAGGGUCAGAUUUUUUCACGAAGUCCUUCAAAGAAAAAUAUGAUGCUCUUCGUGUCCCACGCGGAAGGAGGAACCACUGGGCUACUCUGGCACGCGACCGGGACAAAUGGAAGAAUUACUGGCUCCCGCUCGACCAGCUCGAAGAUCAACGGGAGUCAAGGGUGGGCCGUCAGGAUCCUAUCAAAAAAACUCUUGUGACUCGUAGUUGUGGUACGUGGUGGUCUGUUGCUUUACCAAGUCUAGCAAAUGAGAGUGCCUCACUUUAUUAUUGUGGUUACAUCGAGCGGCGCUGUCGACAUUCUCUUCAACGUCCUUCAUGGCAUGGCGAGAGUCCAAAAUUGAAACAAAAGGAGACGGAGAAGCCGUACUGCCACGUAGAAGUCAUAUUUGAAGGCACGAAAUGCUCCAGCGAAAUUACCGUGCACUACAAUGUCGCACCACAUUGGAGUCCAAGUCUCGAAGCUGAAAUAACUGAAAGACAAUGCGAAUACACAUACACAUCAAUUGUUUGUUUCUGCAUUGGCGACAAAUGCAACGCACCUGAGAAACUUAAGAGGAUAUUCGCCAAAGAAAUUGCAAGGAAAGAUUCCUUUCAAGAACUACAACUUCUACUUUGUUUCGUAAACGACGGAAACCUGUUCGUGAACGGUACAAAUCCUUUCAUCCCACCUCACUUGUCGAGCACUACUGAUAAUGUUAAGUGUCAUCCGUCGGUUCAGUCGCGAGGCUACGUGGCGCGUCCCCGGGUGGCGGAUAGGGGGCUAAUCGCGGACCAAAAGCGACAUUGUGCUUGCCCAGAGACGCAGGUGGAUUCAGGGGAUGGACUCCCUAUUUCUGCUGAUCCAGGACUCACUCAUGACAUCCCUGUAUCCCGCACGUCAGUCCGGCCAAAAGUCUGCAAUCAAGUGACUGGAAGGUGCAAGGGAGGCGGUUUGGAGUCGCCUCCAACAAAUAAGCUCCACAUGUCCACUCCGGGAGAACGGAAGUUCUCCCAGAAACUCAUGGGACUAGAGGCUUGCAACCUGCCCAUCUGUUUUAAAAUUUUUACGCAAAACACAGUAAUAGAAAAGUCUCCUGAUUCCGGAGGAAAGCCUGGUACGGAGCACCAGCCCUCCUCUCUACGCUGGACGAGGGAGUCACCCGGUGGAGGGUACCGUAAUGAAAUAGACCACAUCAUCGUCAAUAAAAGGUUCUGCCUGACGGACGUCGCUGUUGUACCGAAGUUCUAUACGGGAUCGGACCACCGCCUCCUCCGAGGAAGAUUUUCUUUCACAAGGAGAGCAGAGAAAGCCGCCAAGUUCAGAGAGAGAAUUUCCAGGACUAUCAUCAGCUGGGAUCUCUUCGCUACGCUAGCCGGUUUUUGGGAUAUUCCGCAGUGGACAGCAUCGAUGAGGAAUAUGACCGGCUCGUUGAACACUCUCACGACUGCGCGAAGAAGGCUGAGUUUUAAAAGCACCAAGAGGCGCCUGUCUCUUGAAACUCUUGAGCUGAUACGCCAGCGUGGAGCAGCACGAGCCGCAGGGAACCAAGAAUUUACGUCCGAGCUCGCGAGGUUUUGCAGAGAGGCGAUAAAGGAAGACCUUAAAGAGAGAAGAGCAGAAGUGCUGGCUGAAGCUGCGGAGGCGGGAAAAGCAUUCGCUAGGCCUGUCGAGACUUCGCCAGUCGCAAAAUGA